AGGGGUCGGCGUGGCCGGGCUCCUUCGUGCUCCGCCUUUUGCCUCUUGGUCCCCUCCUUCCGUAGCAACCCUCCCCCUUAUCCCCAUCCCCGGCGUGACGGAGGCGCUCGGAGAGAUGCCCCGUGGCGGUAGCCGCAGCCGCCUCUGCGGCAGCGGCCGGAAGAGAAGAAAGACAUGGGAUACAGAAUGCACUCUCUUUCCAGGAGAGAGCAUGUCUGGCCUCAGGAAAGAAGAUCCUGGGACACCUGCAGCAAAUACAUCCCUUUCCAAAGCAUGGCUUAAGUGUGGCGAUGGCUUUCAGACUGACACUGUUCCUCCGACUAUUGACUUGUCCACUGAGAUGGCUUUUAUGAAGAAGCAUCUUGAAUCAUCCUUCAGGUCUAAGCAAGUAGCUUCUCCAUUUGAAGCUUCAAAGGGACCACCUGACAUCAUAUGGAGCUCCAGUGGGAGUGAUCUCUCAGAAGAAGAUAAAGAGAUGCCUUGUCAGUCUCAGAAACAUAAAAGACGUACUCCCCACAUAGAGAGGAAGCAUACUAGGAAUAACUUAGGUUUGGAUGACAGCAGCAGUGAAAGUGAGCCUCGAUUCAUUGACUGGGAGAAUGAUAGUGAUAGUAAAGAAGAUGUUGGUAAUGAAUGUCCUGAAUUUGGAGAAGAUGAGAAUGCUGUGGAAAUAUCAGACUGCAUUUCCUGUGCAAGUAGCAGUCCUCAGACUAGUGAGGAGAGAGAGCUUGACUUUUCUCAAAUGAGUUCCACUGAAAUUUUGGAAUAUUCCUCAGAUGUUGAAAAACAAGAAGACAUAAAGAACAUGUUACCCACCAAUUUAGAAUUUGAUCAAAAAUACCAUAUUAAUUUUGGAUUAGAUUUAGAAGAAGAUAAAGGAAGACCUGCAAGUGACUGGAUAAAAUCUGCACAGGUCCUUUUACAUACUCCCAAGAAAGAAACAGAUAAGACUCCUAGGACUCCAGAAGAUUCUGCAAAGAAAAAGAAUAAGAAGCUAUUAAGGGGAGGCCUAGCAGAAAGGUUAACUCGAUUACAGAACAGAGAGCGGUCUGCCAUAACUUUUUGGAGGCAUCAGAGUGCUUCUUCCAACAAAGCACUUCCAGGCAAAAAAUCUGGAGUGUUGAUUGUAAAGAUUAUAGAGAUGCAUGAGGAAUGCACAAUGCAGAUCGCCAUCUGUGAGUUGUUAGAGAGGUCUCCUGCUGACAGCUCUUCUACAGAUGCUGUCCUGGACCCUGGGACCCAACUCAAGGUCCUAUUCACGAAGGAAACUGCAGUUCACCUGAAGGGAAGGCCACAGGAUGUCAUCCAUAUCUACCCUCCCUGGCAUAAGCUUCUUCUUCAUGAUAAAAGUGUUCCUAUUAUUAUGAACACAUACUUUUGCCAGAAAGUGGUAGUCAAAGAAGAUUCAGAAAAACCUGACAAAAUGCACUGUCUGGGGAUAUUGCCUACAAGAAGAAAAAUAAUUUCCUUGGCUCAGAUGUUUAAAUUUAAAAGCCAAAUAAAUGAUAUUGCUCAAGAAUCAGAAGGACAUCAGGAAAUGUGCACUAAUGUUACUGCUACCAGGACAGGCAGACUCCAUGACCUUCAAGACAUAAAACCAAACAUUCCAGCCCAGCUCUCCAUAAGUGACUCCCUCCUGGAUGUGAUUGAAUGCCAGGGAACAGCCAGAUGGAAAGGAGUGCGGGUGCAGGUAGUGGUGCAAAGAGUAUAUUAUCUUCCUGUCAGAAAUGUCUCCCGAUAUCAACAAGGAAACAACUCCAUCCAGUUAGCUGCCCCACUGGGAAAUGCAGACCUGCACAGUGUUCGGUGCUGCCUUCUUGUCCAGGAUGCUUACGGGAUAUUCAGUGAAGUACAUUUGGAAUCCCUCUGUUCUCCUCCGGAGGAUAUCACUCAGCGCAACAAACAGUGGGAAGGAAAAUUCUGCAGCCUGGGGGGAAUGAAGAUUUUACAGAGGACCACCCGAGGAAGGGCAAUGGGACUUUUUAGUCUGAUUGACAGCUUGUGGCCUCCACUGGUGCCUUUGAAAAUUCCUGGCAAAAGUCAAGACUGUGAAGAGAUGAAAGCUGAUCAGAAGCCUCCCAGCUUCUGUUAUAUACUCACUGCUUGUCCAGAACCAGGAGAAGUUGGUAUAAAUGUGGAAAACACGAUUUCUAAUCUCUACCGGCCCCCAGCCAUACAUUCCUUAAAAGACCUUCUUAAGGAAGGUGGUCUUGGGGGUCAUCGAUGCAGCUUCCACGCCAGAGUGAUAUAUCAAAGGCUACAGUUAAAAAGUAAUCUUCCUCUGGACCAAAGAGAAAUUUGGCUGAUAGUGACCGAUGCCACACUGCAAUUGGAAAAUGCUGGCCUCCCGAAGACUGUGCCAGUGUGUGUGACAUCAUCAUGUGUAAUCAACCUGGAAGUCAUCGAAGCCCUUACAGAUGCAGCAUCACAUACUAUCUUCUUCAAGGAUGUCCUACAAGAAAAUGGUAGACUUAUUUGUGUUGAACGAACUGUCCUCAUGCUUCAAAAGCCCUUUUUGUACGGGACUGGUAGUGCUGACACCUCUGAACUAACUAGCCCAGUUAUACUAGAUGAAUUGGAUUCUACCACUCCAGUGAACUCCAUUUGUAGCGUACAAGGCAUGGUGGUUGGUGUGAACGAGAACACUGCUUUUUCCUGGCCUAUAUGUAACAGAUGUGGUAAUGAGAAACUGGAGCAGGACCCAGAAAACAGAGGAUCCUUUCACUGUGGCCGCUGCACCCUCACUAUCCCAUCUCCCCUUCUCAAAAUGCACCUAGAAGUGGUUUUGGCCUGCCCCUCUAGACCACAGGGUAACGUGAAAGUAAAGCUGUUGCAAAGGAGUAUUUCUUCACUCCUAAUGUUUCCCUCCAGUGAGGACGGGACUUAUGAAGUGAAGAGUGUGCUGGGAAAGAAGGUGGGGCCAUUAAAUUGUUUCAUCCAGACCAUAACCAACCACCCGAUUAGCUGCAUUGGAUUGGAGGAAAUUGAACUUCUACAAGCAGGAAGAAACUAAGACGAAGACUGCCUGUUGCCAUAGUGUCAAUGAACUUUGCAAUGUUGUUACAAAGUCGUUUUGUAGUUACUUGUUAACUAAGGACCAAGAGGAUUUAUAUUAAUUGCAAAGAGGAUCUUGAAAUGCCACUUAUAUUCAACUUAUCUGGGAAUAUGGAAAAUGGGUCAUUAAUUGUCAAAAUUCACUUCUUCCUAUACAAUAUUUAAUUGCAUCAUCAUCAUCUGCACUUGUAGCAAUAUAUUACUGGAGUUUAAAUGUUGCUCUAAAAGUUUAAGAUUUCUAAGUGAAUCUUGAUGAAUGUUUUAAACUUAUAAGAACAAUUAAAAAAUUUAAAGGGCACAGUUGGAACACCUUUUACUGUGAUUCUAAGAAUUUUUUCCCCUUGUGUCCAAUAUCAUUUCAUGAAAAAGCAUACAUUUCUAUAAUAAAUAUCCAAAGUUCAGGAACUUUGUUAAUUUUAGAGAACAUAAUGAGAAACUAUGGCAAAGGUGAAGCGGUUUCCCAUAAAAUGUAGAUAGUUAACCAGUAUGCAAUCAUAGAUCUACUGUAUUAUAAUGUGUUAGAUAAGAACUUUUACAACCUAAUCAUACCGUGAAAUAUGGACCCAGAACAAAGAUUAGGUAGAU